UGUUACACCUUAAACUGUUUGUUGCUUCUUGUAGACUUUUUCGCAUUAACUUCGUGCAAAUUUCAAAACAGUUUUUACCUGCUUAAAAUUGCAGUUCUUAAUGACUACAAAACUAAAGAAAUGUCCAUAUGGGGAGCAGUGCUACAGGAAAAAUCCCAUACACUUUGGGGAAUUUUCACAUCCUCAUUUGGACGAUAUUUAUGCAAAAGGAUUGGACCCUACUACCAAUAAAUAUGUAAUUCCUGAUGAACUCUUUAUGACUGCGGAAUUAAUAGAAACUCAGUUGAAAUUACUCGAAAAGCUGUUUCCAAAAGCAGGUCCUAGCAGUGCAGCAAGUAGCAAAACUACGUCAACAACAAAGGAUGGAGAUAUAGACAGCAGAGGUCACCGAUUAGAUGGUGGUACUACAAAACAAGAAUCUACUAAACGAAGUAAGUCACCCGAAGCCGGCUGUUCUAAAAUUAACGCCGCACCCACAGUCGACGUAAACUCCUCUUCUGUGGAUAAUUCCAAACUAUCUAAAAAAGGCAAAAUAACGAGAAACGUCAAGGAUUACAUACCAGUAGUUCUGGAAAAAGGUCAUGCCGCCGAAAAACUAGAGCGCGCUGCACCUUACAAUAUUUUCCUUACUGCUAUUACUGAUUCAAAACCAACUCAUCAUGAGCCAUUAACAAUAACUCUACUAGAAAUCCUUGAUGAGAGCCUGGGUGAAAUUGAAUCAUCCGUGCAAAUUAAUUUUAUGGUGGAUAUUGGCUGGUUACUUGGACACUAUUAUUUCGCGGGCAUAAUGGGCACUCCGUUACUUGUUCUUUAUGGCGAUGAAACACAGGAGUUAGCAAAUAUUUCUAAAACACAUCCAGAAGUCACGGCAGUUAAAGUUAACAUGCCUACAGCAUUCGCUACAUCUCACGCCAAAGUAAUGCUUCUAGGCUAUACAGAUGGAAGUAUGCGUGUGGUAAUUUCGACGGCAAAUUUAUAUGAAGACGAUUGGCACAAUCGUACACAAGGCCUUUGGAUGAGUCCGAAACUACCUCCGUUGCCUGCCGAUGUGGACACCACUGCCGGAGAGAGUCCCACAAACUUCCGUCAGGACUUUAUGUUGUAUUUGGUAGAAUAUAAAUUAUCAAAGUUACAACCUUGGAUAGCACGAAUACGCAAAACGGAUUUCAGUUCGAUAAAUGUUUUUUUCAUCGGUUCCGUGCCUGGUGGUUUUAGGGAGGGUCCGCGUGGUUACCCUUGGGGACAUCCACGUGUUGCAGAGUUGCUUAAAAAUCAUUGCACUACUGUCGAUGCGAGGACGCCCGUAAUAUGUCAAAGCUCUAGCAUUGGUUCUCUUGGUAAAAACAUACAAUCAUGGGUGCAACAUGAUUUUCUUAACAGUCUGCGAAAACAUUCCGGACCACAAGGGCUUACACAUUUCCCACCUUUCAAAAUGAUAUACCCCAGCUUCGCCAACGUUAACAGCAGUCAUGAUGGGUUGAUAGGUGGUGGAUGUUUACCAUACGGCGCAAAUACUAACAAUAAACAGUCUUGGCUGCGUGGGCAUCUAUUUCAAUGGAGUUCGAAACAGCGUUUUCGUUCGCAAGCUAUGCCGCACAUUAAAACUUAUACACGCAUGAAAUUGGAGGACCAGUCUAUCUACUGGUUUAUGUUAACCUCCGCAAACUUAUCGAAAGCAGCAUGGGGAGCCUUCAACAAAAAUGUUAAUAUAGCAUCGUCUUUAAGAAUUUCGAACUUUGAAGCUGGUGUGCUCUUCUUACCGAGAUUCGUGAUUGGAGAGGAGACGUUUCCGUUAGGGCAUGCGCGUGAUGGUAUACCGUCAUUUCCGUUACCUUAUGAUGUGCCCUUAACACCGUAUGCACCGGACGAUAAACCAUUUUUGAUGGACUAUUUGCAUUAGUUAGUGAUAUAUGCAACUGUUAUUUGUUGUUCGAAUACGAAAUACUGAGAUUUACCACUUACACCAUGAUUUACAAUAACUUCUUCAAUUAUACACAUACAUAAUUUUAUAACUACUAUAUACUUCGCAGUUAGUUAAUUACUGWUCCGUGUGAAAAAAAUUAAUUUGUCUAAAUUUCUUCACACAUUACUUAAGUUUAAUAUCGCUCUUAUUUUGUAACUGAAAAAAAACCGGUUGUUACACUAAGCUCCCGCAUUUAUAUGCAUAGAUAACAACAAUAAUAAAAUGAGCUGCAAUUAAGCAAAGCCCAUUAAGCAAUGAAAAUUGUUUAUUGUAA